UGUCCGGACAACACGAGGAUGCUCAUCGGGGUCUGGUGGCUUGGCGUCCUCUUCACGACCACCAUGUUCACGAGUUACAUGCAGGCCAGCAUGACCAUCAAGACGGAAGCGCCGCGCAUCGAGAGCAUAAAGGACAUCGUGAAGAGGCCCGACAUCUUGCCCAUCAUCAUCGACGGCAUGUCCUUCGACGUCAUUCUCAGCACCUCAACCUUCCCCGAAGACAACCAGGUGUGGAGGCGAAUCCAGAAGCACCAGAGCCAGUGGUCCUUCAAGCGCGUCUUCUCGCGAGACACCUACGAAGACGUUUUGGACGGCAAGAAGGUCGUCUUCAUGGAGCAGUCCCUGUACCACUACAGCGUCCAGCUGCUGUACCCCGAUGAACCGCCCAAGGGACUGUUCUACUUAGGCAAGGACAAAGCCGUCACGCUCCCUUGUUCCAUGUACGUCAGCUAUGACGCGCCCCAACGUGUCAAGAAAUCCUUGCACCGAAUGUCGCGCUGGAUCUGCGAGUCCGGCUUGAUGGGCAUGCACCUGAACAACGUGCUGCUCAAGACCUGGAAGAUGCAAGGCCUUCAGCAGAUCCGAGCCAACGCCCUGAGCGUGGACGACGUGUUUGGGGUGUUUGCGCUCUGGCCCAUCGGCAUGGCUCUGGCUGCGACGGCCCUUCUGGUCGAGUACGCGCAUGUUGCCGUCCGCAAGCAUGGAAAGCCCAAGAGAACGACCCGCAUUGCGAUCUUGUACUUGCGCUGACGAAGAGCCCCGACAUUGUUAAGGGAGCAUAUUUAGAGAGGGAGAGAACCUGGUGAAAAAUCGUAUUUGUAUAAGAAAUUUCUUGGUCCAAUAAACGCAUAUG